AUGGAGCAAGUCCACCAAACGCCAGCGAGCCACGUCCUCGAGACGCCGGUAUGGAUGAUUAUCGUCCGCGGAUUCCAGUUCCUCAUUUCGCUCAUAAUUCUCGGCCUGGCGGGUGCUUUGAUGCACGACUUGUACCUGGACGAGUUUGGGCUGUCUGUCGCUACUGCCGUCCUCACCUGGUGUAUUCUCUUUUACGCCGUCUUGACGGAAAAGAUAGCCGCGUGGCAGGCGGCGUACCACGUCCUGGCCGUGACCGUCCUCGACGGCUUCCUCGUCGUCAUGUGGCUGGCUACGUUUGCCGCCGUGGCCGCCCGGCGAGCCACGUUUAAAUUCAACGUGCAGGUCACCGGGUGCGUUGACGACGGCAGCAUCAUCGGCAGCAAGACGUGCUUCAGCAAGCGCCAGCUGGAGCGGAGGGACAUUCUGUUCAAGAGCGGCGGCGCCAUGAUGAGUUCCAUUGCCGGGCUGGGCGCCCUCCUGUGGCUCUUGUUCACCGCCACGUUUGUGUGGACCAUUGUCAUGUUCCUUCGCGGCCGCAAGGAGGGCCGCUUCCCCAUCGCAGGCGGCUCCGGCGGCGGCAACAACUACCAGAUGGAGCCCAAGGCUGAGCAGGGUGCUUCCGUGAUGCGGCCGCAGCAGCAGCAGCAGCACCAGCCGUACCAGCAGCCCAUUCGGCCCCAGCAGACGGGCGAACACCAGCAGUCUCCUCUGAGCCAGAACCCGGCGCCGGCGCCGUACCAGCCCGCUCAGAGCCCGUACCAGCAGCAGCCGCCGUACCAGCCUCCCCAGGACGCGCAGCAGUAUGCGCAGUACAACCAGCAGUACCCUUCGUACCAGCAGCAUGUCCAGCAGGGGACCGAGUUGUCGGGCACGCCGCUGCCCCAGCAGGCGUACUCUCCGUCUCCGGUGACGAGCUCGCCGCCUCCUCAGCAGGAGCAGCAAUAUUACCACCAACCGCGACCGCAUCCGCAGUAG